CGCAGUUCCAUCUCUACAACACCAACAACUUCCCAUCCCUAAGUUGAUUCCUCAUCCUCUGCAUUCCUUCUCCCACCCACACUAGCAAUAACCAUGGCUCUCAAACCCGGCGAUUCCUUCCCUUCCGACGUUGUCUUCCAGUACAUCCCCUGGAGCGAAGAAAAGGGCGACAUCACCGCUUGCGGCAUCCCCAUCAACUACAACGCUUCGAAAGAAUGGGCCGAUAAGAAGGUCGUCCUGUUCUCUGUUCCCGGUGCCUUCACCCCCACCUGCUCCAUCAACCAUGUCCCCGGCUACAUCCAGAACCUUCCUCAGCUGAAGGAGAAGGGCGUGCAGGUUGUCGCAGUGAUCGCCUCCAACGAUCCUUUUGUCAUGAGCGCCUGGGGAAAGGCGAACAAUGUUAAGAAUGAUGAUAUUCUUUUCCUGACUGAUCCCGAUGCCCGCUUCGCCAACACCCUUGGCUGGGCCAACGCUGGUCGUACCGGGCGCUUCGCCAUUGUCAUUGACCAUGGCAAGGUGACCUAUGCGCAGAUUGAGACGGAGAAGGGUGCUGUUAAGGUCUCGGGCGCUGAUGCUAUCCUGGCGAAUCUGUGAAUGUUGAGCGUUCACUAGAUGUGAUGCAGUAGAAACAGUCUCACUUGCAUGGUGAAAUUAGAUAGUAGUACAGCAUGUGGAUAGUACUGAAGUGAACUGCCCGAGGUGGAAUCAAGUAUUAACUAGUAGGUGGUAUAUAUAUAUAUCCACAAAAACUGAUAAGAGAGUAC